CCGAUCUGCGGAAGACGUCACAAGAAGAAUAACAACAAGAUCAAGAACAAGAUCAUCGUCAUUGUUGCCUUGUUUACCUUUGUCACAGUGCUCCUCCUCCUGCUGUCCGUGUGUAUGUGUGUCUGUGUGUGCGUGUGAGCCUGCCUGUGUGUGUGUGCGUGUGUGUGUGCGUGUGUCUUUUGAAGGCACCUCUCAGGCCGCUGCUGUCUCCUCUGCCUGGAAGGAAGGAGAACAAUUCGUGACAAACAAAUAAAGGAAGGAAGGAAGGAAGGAAGGAAAGAAGGAAGGAAGGAAGAAAGAAAGGACAGUGUUGAGUCUCGCAGGUCACGCCAGCGUCUAGUAAACUGUAAAUUUGCUUGCUUCACCUGGCAAUUGUGAACCACCAAGCAAAAACCAAGCCAUCCUAUUGGUCAACAGGGGAUCACCAUCAGCCUUCCCAUUGGCCCAGAGCUUUGUGGAUUGUGAUUGGACGGCUGGCUGGCUGACCUGACCUGACCUCAAUCGAGCCAACAUGAUUUACGUUUUCCUCGUUGACACUGGCACCAUGAUGACCUUUGACAUGAACCUGGCACUAGAGAGUGUUGAGGUGUUGAAGGGUGCAAUACACAAUGCUGUCAAGGUGCCCACAGACAAACAGAUCAGUGAGGGGCUGCUGGAACAAGUGGGGCAAGAGGUCAGCGCUGUGCUUCGAGAGGCAGACCGGCCACAGAUGAAGGAGGUGAAGGGGCUUGGUGAGCGCCUGUGUGGCCUGGAGCAGCUCAUGCAUGAUGCUGCCUACGUGGUGCAGGAGCAGAGCAAUUUCUCACAGGCUCUGUUGAAGAACCGGGACAGGGCAGGGAAGGUGAAUGACCCAUCUAUAUUCCCUGACCUCUGCACUUCACACCGCAAGAAUUUGAUGCACAUGUUGAAAAACCAUCAAAAGUGUUACUAA